UUCUUUAGUCAACUAACCAAAAUGAAUAUUGUCUUUAUUUGCUUUGGGGAUAAUUUUGCAAUUACUCAAUGUUUAUGUAAAGUUGAUUGAUGAUGUUUGGUUCAGGUUUUGACAGUCCUCCCGUUGGUGUUUAUGAGAAGAAUUCGAAUUGUACAGUUGAGGAGGGAUGUACAAGUUCAGCAGCACCUAUGAUGUACGGACUUGGGAAGCGAAACAACAGCAGUGUUGAGCUGCCACUCCCGUCCUUGUCUAAGAAAACAAAGUCAUCUACUCACAAUCCACUAAAACCGCACUGUCAGGUUGAUUCCUGCAAUCUUGAUCUCUCUUCAGCUAAACAAUAUCACCGAAAACAUCGAGUUUGUCACAUUCAUUCCAAAUGCCCAAAAGUCAUUAUACUAGGUCGACACCGACGCUUUUGUCAGCAGUGUAGCAGGUUCCAUAGCUUGUCUGAUUUUGAUGAAAACAAACGAAGCUGUCGCACCAGGCUUUCUGAUCACAAUGCACGCCGCCGCAAGCCACAGUUUAACUCCACAAGCACGAGGUUUUCUUCGUUGUUUUAUGAUAAUAAGCAAUCGAUGAAUCUUGUGUUCAACAAUGCCCCCCUUGUCCACUCUAAACCUACUGCAGAUUCUACCUGGGAAACCUCUGAAGUUUCCAAGUUCACAUUAACAAGAGGGUUAACUUUAAAGCCCUACAAAGCUGACAGUUUUAAUGGGCAAUCACUUGUGGGGGGAUUCAAGCUUUCAGGGACCACUGAGAUGCAGACCAAUGCAUCUAACUUAUACUCGGUGUCCAAUGACACAAAAGCUGAGGUCUUCAGUCAAGGUGUCAAGGAGACCACGUUCUCUCUAAAUAUGGGUGUGGCGCCAGAAUUACCUCGUGCUCUCUCUCUUCUGUCAAAUGAGAAUGAAUUUAUUUCAAUUGGCCACUCCAAGCAUGUAAACCAGAUCAUCAUACCGGAGCAGGUGACGCAUGCAAUUCCUCAGAGUUUGCCAUUUGAGUCCAGUGAACGCUGGCAAGCUGAGCAACAUCUAUUCAAUCCACACAUUCAUACGUUGGUUGCGAAUGGUCACAGUGGUGGUAGCUUUCAGGAAAUCCAGCUUUCCAAAGAUCCAUUUGACGAUUCCUAUAUGUCAAUGGAUUGAACUGCAGGGUAGAAUAGUCAGCCUACUCUCAACAUCGAAAUGGAUCUGAUUACAAUUUUUGCUGGCUCUACUUUUUCCAUUUAAGCAGUUGUUAAACUGGACCCACCAGAUGGUUUAUAAGUAGGGUAUUGGAAGCAGCCUUUCAGCCUUACACAAGUGCAUGGAACUCCAGAUGUCGAAAGAAAGCUUUGGAUUGAAAAGUAUGCCGUAUUUAUUUGCUUAAUAAACCAACAUGGGUUGUUACUUGUUUCUGCACUUUAACAUGAUAUUACGACAAAGAUCUAAUGUAAUGUAUGAUAGGCCAAAACGCCGAGAUGGUGAAUUUAUCUAUCUAAAAUGGUUCUGAUAUGGGAUUCAGUUGAAUUGGAUUACCUUCA